AUGCGUCCCAACUGGCACGGUCUCACCCUCAGCUUCCUACUGCCAUCUCUAGCUUUCUAUCCAGACCACGCAGCCUCUGCGCCGUCGCCCAUAGAGCCCGCUGGCCUCGCCACACGCCAACUACCGUCGUCCGCCUAUCUCUCGGGCUUCGCCGCGCGGGACGAACAUGCUCACGCUCACGGUGGCCACCACGCUCAGCCCGUCGUCGAGUUGAACGAGACCGAAGUCACUUUAUAUCAUGCCCCCACGCCGGAUUCGUACUGGACCAUUGACAUUGCAGAGAGAGAUCCCAAUGAGAGUCGACAUCCGGGGCUCAUGGUCGUUCAUGUUCUCUCCAUGUGCGCUGCCUUCUUCGGUGCCCUCCCAGCUGGCAUCGCUCUGCGUUCUGUCAACCAUCCAUGGCAUGGCUUCACCACCAUUCUCUUCUGGACGUUUACCGUAAUUGGUUGUGCGGCGAGUGGGCUGUAUAAGAAAUUGACCCCUGAGAUGUACCAGGGACAGAAACACUCUUCGCAGAGCUACUUCGUUCUUCUCCUUGCUCUCAUUGUCACCGCCAUCGACUUGUUCGCCGGCUUUGGAAGGAUCGCGUCGUAUGUUCGUGCGAACAGGGGUGGCGACAAGUUCUCCCUCAAGACCUUCUGGCGCAAUGUUAUCCUCGCCCAAGAGGAGCAACCUAAUGGCUCUCAGGCUGAGUACGCAAAUCUCGUAGCUGAGGAGCCCGAAGAGAUAGAGAUGCUUAAGCAUGAUCCCGAAGACGACGACGACGAAACUGCUCAGUGGGCGAAUGACGUCCGCCAUCACCGGCAUCACGCGCGCACUGUGUCCAUGGCAGAUACGGAACAGACCGUCUUUGACGUCCAUUCUCCGCGUGGUUCUCAGCACUCGGACGAGACCCUUCACGAACAUACGCAUUCCCUCCACAGCCUUCCCAAUGCCUCAUUCCUUCGCAAGGUUGGUAGCAUCGCGUUCGCGACCUUGGAACGGUCGUUGGUCUUUGCCGCAUUUGGUGAACUGUUGGUCGGCAUUGUCGUCUACACUGGCGGUUGCCGAGAGAACUACAUCAACGGCUGCCUCGCUCACCUCAUCAAGGGUGGUAUCUUCUGGUGUUACGGGUUGGUCACUUUCGGCCGUUUCCUCGGGGCCUUCUCCGAGUACGGUUGGGCGUGGAACCGCACCCCCGUUGGGGACUUUAUUUCUGCGGAGAUGGUCGAAUCCUCCGUCAUCUUUUUCUAUGGCAUCACCAAUACUUGGAUGGAACGCUUCGGCGCCCACCCUGGGGACCCUUAUACCACCAAGCAAAUGCAACACAUCAGCAUCGCCGUUAUGUUUUGGUUUGCCGGUCUCGUCGGAAUGGGCCUCGAGUCUCGCCGUUUCCGACGUUGGCUCGCUGGUGCCUCCACGGCUGCUAUCAAGGCCGGGAGUAAGAUGGGCGAGGCUGUUGCGGAGCCUCCUAGCUACACGGCAUCCUUCAACCCCUUCCCCGCCCUCGUCAUCGGAGUCACUGGAGCCGCCAUGAGCGCCCACUUCCAGACCUACGUGUUCCAGGUCCAAAUACACGCACUUUGGGGCUACCUUUUGUCCGGCUUCGCCAUUCUUCGGUGUCUGACCUACUUCUUCCUUUGGCUGGGUCCCCCACGUUCGAUCCUCCCCUCACGCCCCCCUACGGAGGCAUUAGGAAGUUUCUUCCUCGCUUGCGGUGGUCUCGUCUUCAUGUUUAGCGACGAGGAGCUUACAAUCGCCGCAAUGCGUCAAGGUCAUGAUGAUGUCAUGAUGUUUGCUAACGUCGCCGUUGCCAUCACGUGCUUCGCGUUCGUUUGGGCUCUCGCUGUUGUCGGCUUCAAGGGCUGGCUCAAAUCUCGCACACACUCCGCCAUCGCCUUCCAUUCGUCCGCUUAA